GUUAGUUCGAAAUGUUAAUAAAAGAACAAUAGGAAUAUAAGUUAAAAGUAAUUGAAGAUAAAAUGGAGUAAUUUGAAACAAGUCUAAUAAAGAAGGUCAAUCAUUUAGAGGAGAGGAUAAGGUCAUUCAAUUAGAAAUUUGAAAGAAUUGAUGAAUUGGGUGAACGAGUUAAUGAUUUACAUUCAUUGUUUGAUAAGCUAAAGGAAAAUUUUGAUACAAAAUUAAUGUUAUAGGAGGAUAAAAUAGCAAAAACAAAUUACAAUAUAAAUAAAUUAAAAUAAGAAGAUUUUCAAUAAUUAUACAACUUAGUUAAAAAAGCAUUCAAUACUACAAAGGAUUUAUCAUUAGAAAUGCAAAACAUAAAAACAAAAGACAUACGUCAAUCAGAGGUUUUAUUCAAAUAGGAACUGAAAUAAUCUAAUAUUUUAGGAGAAAGAUUAUAAUCACCACUUUUACAUUAGAGAAUGGAUAGUUAUUAAAAAAGUGAUAGAAUGCGAUCAAUAACAUUAGAGAAAGAUAAGGGUUAAGAACAGAAGGUAAAAUUUGAAAAUGAAGAUUUGGAAACAAAUAAACCUAAUUCAAAGGGUAUUUGUAAAAAUGAUACUUAAAAGUUGAUAGAUAAAUAUUAGUUCACCUUAUAGACAAAAUUACAAAAUGAAAGUAAGUAUUGAUUUUAUAAUAAGAUAUUUAAAAAUUGAGUAAUGUAAAGAUUGAAUCAUAAAAUAGUGAGUAGAGUAAGAUACUGACUUAAUAGUAAUAAUCAUUAUUAGAGAGAACUAUAUCUUAAGAUCAUAUUCCAAGAUCAAAAUACUUAAAUAGUACAAAUUAAAUUAAAGAGUAACUGAAAAACUUAAGGAAAUGA